AUGCAAUUCUACGGAGGCCAGUCAUUUAUGAACGCAAAUAACAUCAUCAACAAUAACAACUAUUCAGCACGCACGGAACUCGAACCUGGAUCGUCGAGUUCUCAGAGGGACGACGACGAAUGGUUGACUUUGCGUGGCAGUGGACAAAGGCUCAGACGGAUAGACAUGUGCGAUGUACUCGUUCUGCGUGAGGUGUCCUCAGAGACGCAUCGUGUGUCGGUCAAACUGAAGUCGACGAACCCAUUCCGAAACAGAGUGAAAAGUAUUGUGAAGAUCCGGAAAAGGACACAAAGUGCGGAAAUUGUUCCUGGGUUUGGAGAUCGACGGUUUACGGUCGUUUCACUCGAGCCCGAGGAUGAUGGAGACGUCGAGAGGAUACAGAGGGUAUUGGAGCCACUUUAUGAAACUGCUCUUUCUCAACGUCGAGUUUGCCUUACACAACUGUUUGGAGUGGGUCGGUCAAUGACACCAACAUUGAUAUACCACGAUGAGGUCGUCGAUGGAUGGACUUUCAUAGGCCAAUACGAGAAGACACCGAUUGUGGGGACCUACCUGCUCUACAGAUUUGUCAAUUCAUUUAUCGACGUACUAGAUGACGGAACGUUACAGAAAUUGUCAACUCCGGUCUCGACCGAAACUGGGUGGACGUUCAAUCUGAGGACUCGUUCAUUCCAGUAUGACAUCAUAAGCUCGGCACUCUCUGACGAAGACGAAGAGCUCUGCUUUGAUCGACUGCUCCCACUUCCACGCAAUUGCAAUCCACUGCUCGAUUCCAACGAGAUCGUCCGCGCUCUUCCAGACUUUUUACAGCUGCUUUCGUCAUGUGCAAGUAAUACGUCACGGAACCCCCCCCAUCAUAACAUCCUAACAUUUGGCACUGUUGUUGAUCACACAAACCCCGGAAUCCUCGCAUACUUUCCUUCCGUCCCAUCUCCUGUGUGGUCCUGUGAAGCUCCUAUUGGUACUCACAAUGUCGUUGCCAAGUAUUCGAAAUCAGUCCCUUCGCUAGUUGAUCUCACUUUCGUGAAGAAUGACAAUAAAUGGAAUUUAAAUGUUCAGUUCUCAUUACGACUACCAGAGGAUUAUUGCCAGCGAUUCCGGACUGCCUUCCUUGCGCAGUUGUUUACUCAUCGUACAGGUGAUCCCGAAGACUUGAUCUUCGUUAAUGAAACUGCCUUUGAACUCCAGGGCACCUUCACAUCUGAUCUGUCAAGUUGCAAUCCACCGAAAUACCUACAUGUCCCGUCUCUUUCCCCCGAAUGGAUCGACAACAUGCCCUGCCUUCGCUGGCCACCAAAUCCCCGAAUCUUUUACUGGUCCUUUGACCGUCGUGGGAGGAUGGUGAUACCAGAAGAGGACUGGGAGAAGUAUGGAAUCCCAAACCUGGAAGUAGAGACAUUUGUCGGGUCAAUGUGGUAUAAUGACAAGUAUCAGGCAGUUGCGGAGUAUUUUCAUCUUACCAAGUAUGACCUUGGUGGUCAACAGUUUGCUGACGAUCAUGGGUAUCCGAUUCUAGUCAAAGGUGACCCUCAUGCUGCCGAGAUCCAAACUCCGCGAAACACCAUCACGUCCGGGAAAUUGGAAAAGGCAAUUAAAGAGUUCGGAAAGGGAAAACAAUCGAAAGCUCCUGAACCGAAUUCACACAUUGAAUUCCAAGCGGGUCGUAUCGAACAAGCAUCCAUAAUCGAAAUUUCAGAUUGA